ACGUACAUGUAGGUACAAACUUGAUAGGGGGAAACCUGCGUGCCAACUGCCCCUCCAUCAUAGUCAAGAUGCGUCUGAUAUUGAACGCCCAAUUGGUCGAUUGCCUUGGAGACAGGGUGUGCAUGUUUAAAGCGUUUGUUCCGGAUCACACCGCUCGUGCAGGCCAUAGGAUACAAUGAUGGAGUAUAAACACCAGGUAAUUAUCUCACUGACUGCUAUGGACGGGAUGCAUGUUAACUGCGACACUGGGAAACAUUCACGAUGUUAUUGAUAUCGUUGUGGUGAUAAGGACAAGAACUCGUCUAGCGAGACGUUGGUGUCAAGGAGUACCCUUGUGUAUGUGGUGCUGCAGAAUCUUUAAUAUUUACCAUUUAUGCUAACAUGGAAGUGUUUAAAGUUCGUGGUACAUUCACACCUCAUCAGAAACUUGUGUCUUUCAAUGCAAUACCGGAAUCCUCGAAUAAGUGUAAAAUCCAACUUUAUGAUACAAGCGGACAUGUAAAAUUCAUUCCGGAUUUUACACGAAGAACUGGACUCAGACCGGCAACCACAGAAUCUGACUUAUGGCCGCCGAUGGCUUCACACAGAAAGAACGAUAAGAAGACUCAAUAUCUGUUGAAGGUGGCAAGACGAAUUCAGCUUCGAAUGGACAAUACGAACAGCACAACAACAUCGGAAGAUGUGUCUGCAGUGUCUAAGGACACAAGUAAAACCACCAGCUCUUUCAGCCUCGACCUUCUUCAGAACAAACCAGCUAUCAUCAAACGGAGAAGAACAGUUCACGGUGUGACUUCAACAGAACAGAAAACAAAUAUUUUGGAAAUAGAAAUACCAUCUGUAGGUGUUCCGUCGACCGGCAGUCGGACCUCGUGUACGUCAAACACCAGCGAACAGACCCGGGACAAAGGUAUCGGCCGCAAUCGAUUGAUCACGGUAACCUCAAGCCAACCCUGUAUUCAGGACGAACCCAGGGGCACCGAAAGCACCUCGGAAAUAUCUGAUUCCGAUUACAGUGGGUCAGUAGAUCGCAUAGACAUACAGAAACAAAGAGCAGGUGAUGUGUUCCCAACAGUGGACGAAAAUGUGUCAACGUCGUGUGAAAGUCUGCGCACUACCCUUGACGCAUAUCAGGAAAGAGCGGCACGAGUCACGUGGGACAAAAAGACGGCACGAUUUCGUAGUUUUCGAAGACUGAGAUAUGGAAAGUCCUAUCAUAAUUUGCUUCAACAGAAUGUUCGUGCUACUAACAAGGACCAAAUGGAUGCAGUGGCGUCCAGGAAACAGAAAGCACUGCGAAGAGUCCGUUCAUACGGCGAUGUCCAUGAGAAAUAUGAAUUUCGUACAUUUCGUCCACUGUACAAAUUCCGACGAGCUGUCCGGACAGUUAUUGUGUUGAUGAAGGCUACCGUGUCCAGCAGUCAGACACCGCAGCGGAGUGAACGUCAAGCCAUGUCGUGGACCCAGGUCCAUGACGACGUCGGUACGUCAAGACGAGCGUAUGAACGAUUUGGACUCACCUUUGACCCCAGCAUCUUUCGAGCCAACAGGGAGGCUCAGCUGAGUACCGAAGCCAAGGCUAUCCUGUCUAUGGACCCUGUGGACAGGACGGAAGAGCAGCUGCAUCUCGCUCUAGCAUCUCUGAAACAAGCCGUGGACGCUUUCGGAGAGUUCCCCAUCAAGAUGCAGAGGUCCCUGGUCAAGGUUGGGUGGUAUGAACAUUUCGAGCGGAAGAGAGUUAUCAUUCGACAAGGCCACGUUGCUGAGAAUUUCUACUUUAUCCUCUCUGGUAUCGCGGUUGUGACUGUACUGGAGACACACAAACAGACGGGGGAACAGUAUGGUCACACAGUCGCCAUGCUAAAGAAGGGGAAUAGUUUUGGGGAGUUGGCGCUGAUGCACGGAUCCCGACGCAGUGCGACAGUAACGUGCAAAAACGAUGUGGAACUCCUUGCGGUGGGGAGACAGGACUUCAUCGACAUUUUCAUGAACGUGGAGAAAAACAAAGAACCAGAGCAUAUCACCUUUCUUCGUUCCAUCGACACCUUGCGUGGAUGGCCUUUGGAGGUUCUUCCAUAUAACGACCCAAAGACCUGCAUCUACACCUAUUUCAGGCGUGGCGUCCUGCUCUGCAAGGAGAGCAACACCACCGACUGGAUCUACGUUAUCCUCACCGGAUCCUGCCGAGUGCUGAAGUCCCUAUACGCCACCAAACCCACCUACGAGAAGAACGACUAUACCGACAAGAAUAAAAUCAACACAGAUUGUGCAAGGUUUGGAAGUGUAUCCCUUCCGCUGUCCGCCCGCAACACGCCUGAAGAAUGUGUGCCCAGCAGUCUCGCCAAGUCUCGUCACCGCAGGAGGAAUGAGAAGAAAACGGGAAGACGACGACAAGCAGUCACGUGUCUACCUGUCAUUACAACCCGCAGUCAAGAAGAUCUGGCCAAGUCUGCUGAGGAUCAUGUCCGUGAGUUGGACCAGAUGCUGAAGAACGACAGCCUUAUAGACUUGUUUAAUGAGAUUCCACCCAGGAAGAAAUCUUCAUCCAACAACGAUGGCCAAGAAAAAGUGUUUGUCCAGAUACAAAAACUGGGCCCCAAAGAGAUAUACGGCUUAGAGCAAGCAGUAUUCAGUAUGAUGGGUACCACUACCAACACCAGCCUCGUUUCUGAUGGCGCCGAAUGCGUGCUCAUCAACCGGAAAUUCUUCCUGCAUCACCUUUCUGAGAGUACCGCGAAGAGAAUGCGGAGAAUGAUCCAACCGAUUCCAUCUGAUGACAGUCUGCAACAGAAACUCCAAAACAAGGCCAACUGGGAGGCGUUUAAAGCCUUGACGGUCACAGACUACUUGGUGUAUAGGAAACAUCUUCAGGAUUUCCUGAACUUGUAACAUAUUAAUUAGACGAUAAAGCUACUAUGUUUUCAAUUUUGCGGUCCUUUAUCGUUGAUUUAAGAACACACAAUGUAAUUUAAGAACCGAACCUGUUUUUCAAAUUGAAAACAGAGAAGCUUUAUCGUCAUUCUAGCACGACUGAUAAGCGUUUUAAAACCGGACUCGUUGAGGCGCAAGAACACAAUUGAUGGGGCCAUUUUCCAGGAGAUUGCUUGGAAUCGUCCAGUUAUAGACAGGUUGUGUAAGGAACAAAAUAAGACAUCUCCAACAACAUAAAGGGCUUUUGUUCAAGAACCAGAAUGUUUGUAUUUGUAACAAGUAGCAUAAAUAUAUUACAAAAAAUAAUACAAUUUAUACUGUGAGCAAGUACAAAUACUGGACUUUUCUCAACCAAAUUAUUAAUCUCCCCUAACUGUAACUGGCUAAAUUUAGUCGCCGCUAACUUUAUUCACGUGAGUAAUUGUUAAUGACCACGAUGCUGUUCCCAAUUUGGAAAUGCCAGUUUUAAGUAUGGUUUUGAUGAGUUCUCAGCCAAUCAGAAUCGAGUAUCACAUAAUGUCGUGCUGGAAUGCCUGUUUGUCAACGUUGUGUUUGUGUGCUGUCAGAAUCUGUGUUGUUCAUGUCAGAAACAUCCAAGCAUCAUCCUUCAUCGUCUUUGGCAACAUAACCUCCACGUUGACCUUCGGUGUAUGUUGCCAUUGUAAAAGUCUGUUUUCAAACAACAGAAACAUAAAACGUCGACAGCAUGCAGUGAAUGCCUUAUGCUUGGUAAUACAAACAAAACUACUAUAGCAUCAAAGAACUGAAUGUUUUGUGACCAUUCACAUAUGUCUUAUAUGCAAAGAAACGUGUCAGUUAUUCA